AUGGCCAAUCUCAGUCUCACGACUCUGGUGGAGCUCGCGCUGCUCACAGAUGCGACCAUGGCGAUCGGCGUUCGCGUGCCAUCUCUGAGCACACACCCGGUCGAAGAACAGCUGGAAAUCUUGCGGCAGAUCCACGUUCCGCCUCGAGAAUCCUCAAGGCAACACCUCUCCUUCUCUCGCAGAGCGUCUUUGUCGGGUCAAGAGUUCGAUCGCGAAACUUGGCAGCCGUUUCAUCUCGAAAGAGUGCCCGAGAUGGAUGAAGACGUAGAGACGACUGUCAAGCCAGGAGCUCGAAAGCUCUACGAAGAAUGCGACCUCGACGAGAGCAAAUGCACCCCGUGUGGCGCUUCUUCCAUCAAGCACAAGCUUAGACUGGGCACUCGACGCUUGCUCGUGAGCAAAGCGGAUGUGCAAAAGGUGCUUCAAAGGCUGCGACUCGAAGUCGGUACGUUGGGGCAACGAUGCGUGCGGAACAAGUCGACCUCAGUGGGCGGCGUGCAAGAGGACACGAUUCGAGCACGAGAAGCUACGUUGGCUGCUAUCGAGCGUGCUCAUCAGAGCAUCGCGCCAUUCGUACUUCCGGGAUCCAUGAGCUCGAGCAGCAUCAGCAACGUCUUUGAACAGCUUAGACGCGAUCUGGAUGGUCAAGCACCUGCUCAGUUGCCCAGGUCCCAACACGGCAUCUGA